AUGGUGAAAGAUGGUAUUAAAAGCAUUGAGUUUGUGGUGGAAAAAAUUCGAGAUACAGUCAGUUUCUUGAAUGCUUCUGAAGGCAGAUUACUUCGAUUUGCUGAUGUUGUACAUCAGUUGCAUUUACCCACUAGAAAAUUGAUUAUGGAUUGUCCGACAAGAUGGAACUCAACUUAUAAUAUGCUUACUGUGGCACUUCAAUUGAGGGAGGCAUUCACUUCGUAUAGUGAGAGGGAAGUUACUUAUCACAACAGUCCAAUGGAAGAUGAGUGGACUAAAAUAGAGAAGGUUUGUGAUGUGCUUGGUUAUUUUAACGAAGCAACUAAUAUAAUUUCUGGCACUGAAUAUCCAACUUCAAAUUUAUUUUUGUCCCAUAUUUGUACCAUCAAGAAGGUAUUAGAUGAUAGCUCUAUUUCUUCUGAUGAUUUUGUAAGGCACAUGACUAUGAAAAUGAAAGAAAAAUUUGACAAAUACUGGGGAGAAUGUAAUCUGCUCAUGGCGUUUGAGUAUGUAAGAAACUUUGAAGAUGAAGCUAAAGGAGCUUGUGAAACAUUUAGAUUAAGAAAGGGGUCUACACAAGGAGGAAGUCAUUCUUUAAGUACUUCUCAUGAAGGUGGAUCAAAUAAGUAUAGUGGAUGGCUUGAUUUCACAGCAUUUGUAUCCGAAAAAACAAGCAAGAAACCUGCUAAAUCAGAUUUGGAUAAUUAUCUUGAAGAUGGCUUAGAGAUUUGUCCUCCCGGUAAGACUUUUGAUGUCAUUAGGUGGUGGAAAAGCAACCAAGCAAAAUACCUUGUAUUAUCAAGAUUGGCUGUGGAGAUUUUAGCAAUUCCUAUCAACAUGGUAGCUUCUGAAUCUACAUUCUCAGCAAGUGAGCGAGUGGUUGAUACAUAUCGUUCAAAAUUGGGAAUUGAAACGGUUCAGGCUUUGAUAUGUGGGUCGAAUUGGGAAGAGGAGGACGACGAUGAAAUUGAGAUACCGAUACCAUGUGUAACUUUAUCAAGUUUCUACACAACCUCCUCUAGCCUCUUCAAGUUGGGUUCAGAUCCUUUAGCGACAUUUCGUCGAACAGCUUGGGAGCAUUACGUUGGAUCAGCCUUGUCACUAGAAGUUAAACUGGGCAUUUUCACACAUGCAGUAAAAAUGUCCUCAAUAUCAACAGUGGUAUUCGCCGACGUCAUGUAUCUGUUCCUACCACCAGUGGUAUUCUUCUGUGAUGAAUCGGUGGAUGGAUUGGCAGGUAGGCUCCCCUUCUACAUCAGAUUACAACUGUUGAAGGCCAAUAUGGAUGUAAUCUUGUCAUCUGCUGAUGGUGAUGUAUAUUUUGUGUAA